AUGGCAAAAUGGUGUGUCAUUAUUGCUUCAUUGGCAAUUAUUCUAAUGGGAACAACUAUGGCUAGAAAUUUGCCUACUGAAGCAGUAGCAGACAAUCAUGCCGGUCUUAAUGACCAAAAAACCUUUGGCAUUUUCGGUGGCACCCCCGGGGGCAGCGGCGGUAGCAUCCCAGCCAGCGGCGGGCUGCCGGGGAUGUUUGGCGGAUCAAUUGGAGGCUUGCCUAGUUUUGGUGGUGACAGUGGUACUUUUGGGACAUUCCCUGGUUUUGGUGGAUCCAAUGGUGAUGAUUUCUUUGGAACUUUUCGUCAACCUUGA